AUGGCGUCGACACAAGAACUUCACAUUUCCAACCUCUUCUCACUCAAGGGCCACGUCUGCCUGGUAACCGGUGGUGGGACUGGGAUCGGUCUCAUGGCGACCCAGGCAUUAGCGGCCAAUGGAGCACGAGUUUACAUCACCGGUCGUCGCAAGGAGGUCCUCGAAAACGCGGCAAAGACACACACGCCAAAGUCCUCGGACAAGUCCCUGAACGGUGAAAUCAUCCCCGUCGGACCGUGCGACGUCACUUCAAAGUCCGACCUCGAGAAGUUGACGAAAGAGAUCGAGUCUCGGGAAAAGUACCUGUCGCUCGUGGUCGCGGCGGCCGGCGUCUCGGGCCCCAAGGGGUACCCGGACACCAGCGACGCGGACCAGAUGAGGACGAACUUGUGGAAGGAGGCGGUCGACGACUGGAACGCCACGUACAACACCAACGUCACCGCCGUCUUCUUCUCGGUCGUGUCCUUCUUGCCGCUGCUGCAGCGCGCCCCCGAGCCCCUGACGAGCAGCGUCAUCGUCAUCAGUAGCAUGUCGGGCAUGAUGAGGCACUCCCAAUCACACUUUAGCUACAACGCCGCGAAAGCCGCCACCGCCCAUCUCUCGCGCAUGAUGAGCAAGGAGUUCGCAAAGACGGGCGUGAGGGUCAACAGUAUCGCCCCCGGGUACUUCCCGAGCGAGAUGACCAUGAAGGAGAGCGACGAGAAGAACAAGGCCCACAUGCCCGACGAAAAGGUCAAGGACAAAGGACACGAAGUGCCUGCCGGGCGGGCGGGGAGUGAUGAGGAGAUGGCCAUGGGGGUCAUCUUUCUUGCGCGGUGUGGUUACGUCAAUGGUGAGGUGUUGAAGUUGGACGGCGGCGUUAUGAAUGAGGUCGGUGGUGGGUGA